ACAAAACAAAACCACUUUGGAACAAGUGAGAUUUUCUUUUUGUUUAAAAAUAGAUUAGAUAAUAGAUUUUGCUGUCCUUGAAGGCGACAUUAUCUCUUCACUGCCCGUGCUGAUUACCCCAUCAAACUUUUUUUAAUUCCCAAAUAUUCCAAAAACUGUUUACUGGGUUUCUUCAUUCUCUUGUUUUAGGUCAGAUUCAUUGCUGUAUUCUUCAAAAACUUUAGCUUUCUUGCUCAACAUUUUCAUUUCAGUGGCUUUCUUGCUUCUGGGUGGUAUUGCAUAAAAGGCCUGCAAAUUCGUUACUAGAUAUUAGCCUCUACAAACUUGCAAUUCUAAGAACUGUUCUGGUUUAAGAAGAGCUCAUACAGACAUGGUUCAGAAACUAGAAGCUAUGAAGGGCGGUGGCGGAUCCAUCAGGGUGGGGACCACAGGAAAAAUCAGCGCCCUGAUGACAAGGGAACUGGAAUCCAUUAAAACUGCUCCACAGACGUCGCUGUCUCAUCAAGAUAGACCUAAGACUGUUCCUGUCUCAGUUCCCUGUAGUACGAGCACUCCUAAAAGACAGGCAAGAAAGUCAUUAGAUGAAGCAAGCAGCAGUGGAAGUAGCAGUACCAUGAAUCGUAGAAGCCCUGAAACACCCCGAAAAGUGAAAAGCUACGGUAAAACCACCCAUCGAAUACCAAUGCUCCGUUCCGAGAAUGUCACAUUGGAUAGAACCCCUAGUAGGGAAAAAACAAACAAGAAACUUAACAUUGUUGAAGUUGUCGAUAUAAGAUGCGGUCACCCGGAUAAAGCGUGGGCUAGCCCUAUAACAAGCAAACUCAAGAAGCUUAGUUUCUCAAAGCUAUCUCAAAGCAUUGUCUAACCUUUGCAAGUUCUUGACUUCAGAUUUCAGGUUCUUGUAACCGAACCCCGAUACCCCAAUAGGCCGGUUGUUUUCCGACACUUCCACCAUAGAGCAAAUGCUUGGUAGAAGCUUGCUGCCUCCUUUCUUUUUCAUUUUUGGGUUUGUUAUCACCGAUCCAAGAGAGGCUUUCAACUGACUGUCCGUUGAAGCCACUCCAGAAGUCCGGAACUCAGGUUUGUGUGAGCUCUCUCGAUAGCCAGGGCCUGAUUCAAUCUGGCUGAAAUAUCUGAUUUCUUGCAUUAUAAGGGAACCAACGGUGCCUCUAGUGCCGAUUUCCACAGGACCCUGUUCCGCCAUGUCUUCAGGUAAUUUUGUGGCUAUUGUGUUGGAUUUAGUCAUGUUUUGCUGGUUCAGGGGGAGGAAUUGGUAUAAGAUCUUGAUUUUUUUUAUUGUCAUGAGUUCUCUAUGUGAACAUCAUAGCACUAGAUUUGUGAUGCUUUAAUAGACAAGAAGGUGACAUGUUUAUUGCAUUCAUGUGCUUGUUGUUAAUACAUUGAAUUGGCUAA